CAAGGAGCCUGCUGCACUGAGCCCAGCAGUAAUAGGGAUCCCCCCUUUUUGGAGCUCAGGCAGGAGAUGCCAGGGAAAAGACCAAAGCUCCAGAGAGGGGAAGGGGCACCAAUGGCAGGAGGGAACAGCAUGGGCGGUAGGAGCAACUCAGUCGAGUUCCCCUCCAGGCCACAGGCAAUGCCAGGCACCUUAAGAGCAGGGGCAAGCAGCAGCACCAGGGGUAGCAGAAGUGCAACUGACCCCAUGAGGGUUGUGCCACACACAAUCUCGGGGGGCCCUCUACCAUCUAGUGGGGAUGGGGAAGCCCAUCCAGCUCAGACCAGGAUCAAGCUCGUGGCAUCAGCUUAUUACAAUUAUUGUGUCUAUGUUGUGGGAUUAUUUCUUUGUUCAUAUUUUCUACCAUUAUUAUUAUGAUAGAACGAUAGUGCCUAAAGUGGCUGAAGAAGACAUUUGUCAGAAGUAUUGUUCUUUCCCCGGGUCAAUACUCCCACCUUUCACAUCAGCUGUCCCAGUCUUCAAGACCACGGCAGAAAUCAAGGACAACAUAGUGAUGAAUUUGAUACUUGGAGACACCAGGAACAAUUCCCACAAGCUCCAGGUGGGAAGGCCUGCCGGCGGGGGGGACACCAGCCAAGCUUUCCAGGCCUCCAGGCCUCAGCAGCACCAUCACGAGCGGCCACCAGUCAGAUCUUGGGGGAUGGGAUCAGUUAACAACCUUCAGCCAGCUCCAAGAUACUUGGGGCCCAGGCACCUGGUGUCCAGUUAUGGGGCCGGCCCCCAGCAACCAAGCUAACAGUUGGGGGCCUUUCUAGCAGCAUCUGGGGUGGAACAGGAGCAACAGACCCCAGCCUGAGAAGCCACUGGGGGCUGGGCUCUGGGCCUCCUGGCAACAGGGCAAGCAAUGGAGCAGAUGGAUGAGGCAGCAUGCCUGGGCCAGUCCCUACCCAGCACACCAUGGGUCGCACACCAACAGGAAGAGGACAACCCUUACUCCUCUCCUGGUGGGGGCUCGCAGCUUGAGCCACCUCUAUGCUCCAUGGGGCGGGUUGGCCUGUUUCCUCAUUGCCCUUCCACCAUCAACAUGGCAGCACCAGAAUCCUCCGUAGGCAACACUAACAAUGACUUUUGCCAUGCCUUUACCAGGACUCUCAUGCAGCUCUCACAGUGCAUGGGCCAGCUUGGCACGGGGGGCCUCCAUCCCCAAGCAAAAAUCAAGAGGGGGCUCCACAGCAAGGGGGCAGCUUGGGCGUGGGGGAGGGCCCUUCCGACAGCGGCGAGAUUCCCGGCCCACCAGCAGACCCUGGGUUUGAGGCUCCCACCAGAGCUUGCAAUCAUCACCGGAAGCACCAGAGGUCAUGCCGCCACUCUUGCCGUUGUCCCAGCAGCUCGUCAUCUACUAUCAGCUAAUAAGACCUUUGCAACUGCUACAGCAUUUGGGCCAUUUUUAAGGUGCUUGAGAUUAAUGCACAGCCUUGUGUACCUGCACAGCUUUGAGCUGCAACCUGAAAUGGAGAUGUGGACAUUGCUGCUAGAAACCUGACUUCAGCCAGUCAUGAUCAGAGAGGCAAACUUCUCCCUUGAGGGAGGAGACUUCUGAGGUAGAGUUCUGGAACUUUUGGAGCUGGUUUUGUACCAGUACAGGACCCAUAUUAAGGACUGAGUAGACAGCACUGAGAACUAUUGUUCUUCCACAGUGCUCCCAUCCUUUCACACAACCAUCACAAACAGAAGACAGUGCACACGCUUAAUAGAAAGGCCAUUUGUACCUCUGCAAGAGGAACAAAGCUGGAAUUGACACAGCAUUUUAAAUAUUUUAUAACACUUUGCUCAGCUUAAGGAGGAGGGUCCCCACCUUCCUUCUACUGCAGUGUAUAUCUAAUGAGGGAGGAUUCCAACUUGGACAGGUGGCAAAACAUUCCAUCUCCUGCCACUAAAAUGUGUUAGUACAGAUGCAAGAUUCCUGCUUGUUCCUACUGCAACAGACUAACAUGGCUACAUCUCUGUAACUUCAACAUAAUUGUGUCUUGGCUAAUUCUGAGUGAAGAACAGUCACUAAACGGUCUAAUCCUUAAUUUGCAUAACAUGAUAAAUUGUGAAUUGUCGUAACAAUGUAAUAAUGCAUGUGGAAAGGGUAGACUUUGUUCUCAGUGCGGAGGAACAAGGGUUAAGUGAAUAGAAUAGUUUAAGAGUGAUUCCGGCAGGACAAACCCUUCCCUUAUGAUGAUGCACAUAUUGCACAGGGUCUUCUGUAAACCAAGCCACUUAAGCGUGCAGUUCCACAUGAUGUGAACCAUUAGCAUCUUGACGCAACAUCUGCCCAGCCAGUGAUUUUCUGGCACGUCAAUGUGCUGUGACCAAAGACCCAGUUUAACCAAAGCUGAUAUACACAUGCCCUCACACGGGCAAGUUCUUUUGUCCUGUUAUUGUCAUGUUUAAAUUGGGUCCCAGAAAAAGUUAUAAGUUAUAAGACUUGUGCACAUCCUUAUUCAGAAGACAGAGUACAGCUUAGGUUGCAAAGGAAUCACCCCAACCCCCAGUGUGAGAACAGGCAAGAGAAAAAUAAUGCCCACCUAUGCAAAGCAGCAACUCCCACACUUCCAGGGGGAAAUUUAACUGUUGUGCUGUUUUUGGGGCUUGCAUGUGGUUGUUGAGAAAACUUAUUUCUGUCAGUGCUGCUUCUGGUCUGAUACCCAGCAGUUCUUCCAUCUGUGUUACCUUGGUGUUUUGUGGCUUUAGGCUAUUGACUGUUUGGCAAGCUCAUCUUGCAAGAAAGAUGGCACAGAAAUUAAAACAAAUUCUGCAAAUACAAAUGGCAAAGGCAGACGCUACACGCAUACUAAAAUGCUUGCUGGUUUGCUCAUUAUCUCCACCCUGUUUCCAUGAUGAUGUUGUUUCUACAUAUUUCACACAAAAUAGGUGGAAGACAAUUUGCUGUUGAAAGGCUAGAUUAUACUAAGUGGAAAGGCUUGGAUCUAACAGAUGGUUUCAUAUGUAUCUUUUUUUACAGUGAUUAAGCCUCCCUUUGAAAACUCAAUAAAAACUGUAAAAAAAACCCACCGCUGCUCCUAGAGAUUCCUCACCCUAGCCCAGAAGAAACAAAACCAAUGAUUACAUACCCAGGCCGGUUCCAG